AUGCGAGACAGACGUGGACACACGGCGCUAGCGAUUGCAGCCCUGAGGGGUUCAAGACCAUGCGUGCAAGUCCUCUUGCAGUGGCGGACAAAGCCGAAUAAUAGGAACUACGAAGGGAAGUCUAUUAUGGAGCAGGUUUCUUCGAGGUUGCGGAUGGCGCCGAAGAGGCAAAGGGAUGAUGUGUAUGCUCGUCUUCUUAGCUGUGUUCUGCUUCUUAAGGAUAAGGGUGCUGUUAUGCAUCCGGGUCAUGAUGAGGAGUGGCAGCUUCCUCCGAGACAGACUGGUAACGAGGACUUGAUUGAUUGGACUUGA